GUGCGUCGCGACGUGACCGACGGUCUGCUGCAGCCAGGGCUUCUCGAAGCCAUCGCUCGCUGCAUCGAGAGACACAAAGACUUUUCGAGCUACCUUGAUGCGAUCCCAGCGCAUCUGCGGACCCGCGCGCUGACCGCUCUUCGCACGGUUCGCGACCGAGCGGACCUGCUUGUGACGUUCCAGUGGCCAACCAUUUGGCUGCAUGUGCUUUCGACCGUAUCGCCGGAGGUGCUUGCGUCUCUGCAUGAGACGCUGUCCUUGCAGCCCAAGAUACACAUUACGCACACGACCCGCCACCUCAGCCAGCUCGACGCUCUCGUGCGCGCGAUGGGCUCCGCGAUCGAUGGUCUCCAUAUUACAAUCGAUCCGGUAGCGAUACUGCCGCACGAAGGCAACGCGCUCGCGGACCUCGUGCUGCAAUGCGCGUCGCUACGCAGCCUCAUUGUGAUCGCGCAUGAGGCGUUUGGCGAGCAGCCAGUGUUCGACGCCCUGCUGCGCGCGACGGCGCACCCGGCGGUGCAGACGCUGGUCCUUGAUCUGAGGUCGAUCGAGGCGCCUCUUCACCUUGGCUACCACUUGCGCGACUGGGUGCGCACUGCACCGGCGACAUCACUUUCCUUGUCCAACAUCUCGCGCAUGCCAAGGAACGCCGCGGUGGCGUUCUGCAGCGCCCUGCACGCAAACUCAACACUUGCCGAGAUCAAGCUCGAAAGAGUAAAUGGCAUCGACGGCUUUCUGGGGCGCCGCCUCCCGACAAGCCUGCGCGAGCUCUACUAUGACCACGAGCGCCACGAGUUUAUCGACGACAUCGAUGACACGCCAACAGACGCUGUUCUUGCCGACUUGGCCCGCGCUCUUGCACCCACGCGCCUCGAGCAUCUCAGCUACAGCUACUUUGGCGAGCUCGCUUUGCAGCCGUGUCUGUCGUCGAUGCUGUCGGUCCUCACGUCGCUGGAGCUAGUGGCGGCGCAGCUCGACGACGACCGGGUGCCUGCAUUUGCGGCGGGUCUUGCGCAGCUUGGCUCGUUGAAAACACUCGUGCUCGUCGUACCCAACUAUCUGUACGGAGAAGGCUUCCGAUCGGUCCUCGAGACAUUGUGCGUCCACUGUCCGAGCCUUGAGACGCUGGAUAUGGCCGACAAUCGUCUGGACCACGAUGAGCUGAUGUUGCUUCUGGAGGCUGUCCCGCGGCUGCCUCAACUCCGAAAGCUCGAGGGUUGGGUCCACGAUUGGCCCUUUGAGAGCGUUGUGCCCCGGUUCACGACGGCGUUGGUCGCCGCCAGUCGCCAGCUUCGGGAGCUGAACAUGACCUUGAUUACCGACGGCACGACCCAACAAGACUUGUACGACGCGCUUGCUACGAUCGAGAACCAGCCCUUUUACGUCGAGACGUGGGGCGUGAGAUCGCUGCUGGCGACGUUGCCCGUGGCACUACACAAGACCAACAACGAGACGCGCUGUCGUUUGAUCCUCUAAGAGCACGUGUUAGUUGCAAGAGUCAGGCGAGAACGACGCGCACGAUGGCUGCCAAGACAAGUCGUCGUUUUUGGUGUGAUUCAUAUCCGAAUACUACUGGUUCCGUCUCAAAGCAAAGUUUGGGUUGCGAGAUUCACUUUGAGUUUGCGAAACGAAG